UAUGAACACAUUUUAUAUCAAAGGCCUUAAUAAGUAUAUUUGGGCCUAUUAAAUCGAACCUUUAAACAGAAAAACUGGCCCAUAAAAUAACCGUGGUUGUGUUAUAACAAGCCGGUUAAGUACAAACCGGAAGCGACUCGUGUUUGUUUAGUGAAGCGAUCAAGCGAGCGAGAUCAGUCAAAUAGCUUUUUCAUUGUUCCUCAGAUCGAAGAAGAAGAAGAAGAGCUUAGCAACAAUGGCGGCGAAACCGAUUGCGAGUCCGAUUCCGGUGGCGCUGUAUCCGACUUUAUCGGUGUUCACUCUUGCGAUUGGUCUCGUCAUUACCGCUAUCUUCUUCAUCUAUGAAGCUACAUCAUCCAGGAAAAACCGAAGCGUCGGAAAGGAGCUCGCUACUUCAGCAGUUGCAUCUGUCUUCUUGGGUUUUGGAUCGUUGUUUUUGCUACUUGCUAGUGGUGUUUAUGUCUGAUCCUUCUUCCUCAAUACUAUUCCCAACUAGUUCAAAGACAAAAAAAACAGAUUUAUCUUUGUUCAAGUAAAAUCAGAGUUAUGAAUGUUAAGACUUGAGAAGUAGCCUUUAAACACCAAGUUACAAUUAAAUUAUCUUCUUCUUUUGAACGCUAAACCGAGUUUUGGUUUCAAUUUUCACCGCCUUUAGAACAGCGUUUGCGUUGUUAAGUUGAUCAGUUAGUAACUUUCUACCAAGAUUUAGAAGAAAGCUUUACUCAAAUUUUGUAAUGGGAAGAUACUGAUUAUACUCUUUAGUGUGAAGAAAUCAUUUUAAUUCGCUAA